CCAAAAAUUAAGGACCCAAGAAAUGCAGGCAGCUCAAAAAUCAUUUGAUUUUCUUGGCCUCAUUCUUGCAUUAAAAUCUGGGAUAUAUUUGUUUAAUAUCCUAACCCAAUAACUUUAAGUAUCAUUAGAGUGGAUUUUUAAGUUGAAAGGAAGAAGUAUUCAAGUUACUUGCAGACCAUGAGAUCGCAGUCCUUUCAAUAACAAAAUUGUUUUGAACAACUUGCUCUACCAUUUCCUCUUCAUGCAGAUAUCUAUUUUUUUAAAUUAAUCUUGUGACAGGAAGGAUGAUGCACACAACUGAGUCUUCUCCUUCCUUUCUCCCGCCUAUAGAUUCACUAUGUAGCCAUGAGGACUUCAGCUCUGCACAUUGAUUCUCACCCAUAAAAUACGGAAAACAAUCAUUUCUCUCUCUGGUCUUAUGCUGAACUUUUCUACUUAGACCACAGGCUUUUCCUGGCAAAAUUACCUGUUGCUAUUGGUAUUUAGUAUACAGAGUCUUGUCCAGGAACUGAUGUGAAAGAAACAGAUAUUCUGGUUUUAUAGCUAUGCCUGGUUUCCAAACCACUGGUAGCAUAUUUUUCCAUCUCACUCUUAUUAAACACAAGUAUUUUAAACAGAAACAGGUAAAGUAUUACUUUCAUAUGCCAUGCACACUUGUUAUUUUUCCCAUCUCACUCUGAUUUUAAAUAUUUAUGUAAUAACCAUUACUUUAUGUUACUUAAUAUAUCUAAUGCAGACCUAACCUGCUUAUGUUGCUAAAAUAUUUAAUAUUAAUUUAAUAUAAUCUGGGGUGGAAGAAGGAAGUACUGACACAGCAAAAUUUUCAGGGUACCAUGGAUUAUUUAGGUGAUUAAGAACUUGAGCUGACAGUGAAGAAAUGCAGAGGCCUAAACAAGACAUGUGAAUUGUGACAUUUUAUGUUAAAAAAUAAAAAAUAAAGGAAGUUUAUGCAUUAGGUAGAUCUGUUGUCAAAACAGCAAACAGGCUGUACAAAGGAUGUACAAAGAACAUGGUAAAGAACAACAUUGAACAUAUCACCAUGCUUAUAGAAAUCAACGGCAUAUGGGUUCCUUGUUUUCUUCAACUUAAGGCUACAUACUCAUCAGAUCAUGAAAUGGUCUGAUCUCUCUACAGACUCACUACCCUAUGCAGCUCUCUUACUCAGCACUUCACGUAAAUCUUCCUUCCUUUGCUUUGGUCCCAAGGAGGACACUACUUCUUGCUACAGUACCUUUGCUACAGCAGGCAAUGUGGGGAAGAAAAGCUGUUAAACUGAUAAGGGAUAGGAAAAGAAACCUUGACAAGCAGGCAAGAGAUUAUUCAUUCCUGUGAAGGAAGGUGCACAGCUCCACCAGCUGCAACCACGACACCGAUGAACAGGAUGCUGAACAGGAAACUGAAUUGAGUAGCUCUGUCAAGCCCCUGUCAGAAUGACUCACCACUUUAAAAAGCCACAGGUGAGCACUACACACACUUCUUUUCUCUCUUCUUUGGUUGUGAGUGGACCUGAGUAGAAGCAAUGGAGGACUCUGGCUUAUGGUGUAGCUGCAUGGUCUCACGUGCUGGCCCCUAAGAACUUCCUGGUGCAGAUGCAUAGCCUGCAGACGUAUUGGGGAGAAACUUCUAACAUGGUUAUCCAUGCAGGGGACAUGAUGACACCAACCUCAACUGGCAAAAUCUAUGAUUCACAACACUGGAACCUUUCACAGUUUGUGGUUGCAAAGGCUUCAAAUGGUUUUCUGCGUGGGUACAGAUGGCUGCAUGCUUUGGAUAAAACAGCACUAGGUGUGCACUUCAUCAGCCUUGCACGGAGAGCUGCAUUCCCCUGGACAUUUGACCAUGCCAUCCAGCCAGGAUCUGUCGCAAGUAAAGCAGUUACCGUGCGUAACACACCGGACGAAAUACUUGUACAGAGCGCCAGCCCUCCUGGUGUGUUCUCAAAUAUCUGGUUCUGGCGAGGUGUUGCUGGAAUCCUCGUUGCUGCUGUCAUUUUGAUUUUGUGUAUUCACUUUGUAAACCGUUCUUCGGACAAAGAUAUUCCUGCCUGUCCGUCCCUGGAACUCUGUCCAUCAGAUUGGCUAUAUUUCCAGAAGAAAUGCUACUACCUCUCAGAGAGUGAAGCCAGCUGGAACUCUAGUCAGAACUUCUGCUCAUUGCACAAUGCUUCCCUCCUUGUGAUCGAAAAUCUUCAGGAACUGAGUUUUAUGGUGAAGAUAACAAAGCAAGACCCGUGGAUUGGACUCUAUAAAAUAAAUGAAGAAUUCUUUUGGGUAAAUGGGAGCACAUUAGAUAACAAGCUGAUUGAAGUAAAAGGCUCUGGAAACUGUGCCUAUCUUGAGUCAAAAGGAGUCUCGGCCUCUGGAUGUUAUUUAACCAGGAAGUGGGUCUGUAGCUUGAGUACUAGCUUAGUGUGACAAUGGUGGGCGAAGUCACCACCUCUGACACCUAGAGAUCUGAUAUAUCUGCACAGUAUAUAUGUAUACUUUGGGACCUGGGAAUGCAUUUCAGUUCUUGCCUGGAAGUGAACGUGUUUUCUCGUAGCCAGGACUUUCUGCCCAUGGAGCAGGCUUCUGUUUUUUCACAAUGUCAUUUCAAUGUCUUUUCUCAGGGUCUUGAUAAAUUUUCUUGCCCCAUUUUUCUAGCUACUAAGCUACUGCUCAGCCUGUAGUUUCUUUUGUGUCAUCAGUAUUUCUUCCAUGAUUUCUUGUCUUGUAGGAUCCUAAGCAGCUGUUCUUUUCUUUUUGGUGUGUCAUUGGAGGUAUUUGUUCUGCUUUUCCCUUAUCCAAGCUCUGUGUAUAGGCACGGUGUUAUACAAAGUGAAGUGGCUCUGCCUAAAGGUUUCUGUGUCUCCCAGAUACAGGGUGAUCCAGAAAUGAGCACUUUGGUUUUAGACAUGAGCAUUGUGGACUUUGUUCUCCCAGUUUGAUGGGGUGCCUCUUGUGUGUCUCUGUAUUGCAUUCAUUGUUUGUUGUAAUUGUUAUUUUGCAUUAAUUUUGUUUAAUUUGCUUGGUAGUAAUAUUGAAAUUCGUAUAGCUGCUUUCCUGAAGCUCUCCUUCCUGCAGCACCCAUCUUAGCGGGAAAAAAAAAAAAAAAAAGAGAGAGAGAGAGAGAAAAAAGUUAGAGUAUUAAUUUAUCUGAGGAUUUGCACAAAUGGGGAGGAAAAGUUCAAACUGCAAAAGUAAGGGUCCAAGUAUUAAUAUAGUAAAAUUAGAAAUAUCCCUAGUGCAAAUGGGAAAAUCUUGAGAAUAAGAGAAUUAAUAGUAAAGGAUGUGCCUUCAUGAUUUCCUCAUGUCUUGUGCCUAUCUGAGUUUGAGCAAUCUAAACAAGUGGUCAAUUUCUGGAUAGACAAUCAGUGUUUUGUUCUGUGUGCAUAUCAUUUUCAAUAGCAACACACAGUGCUGUUGAAUGGCUAUCAGUCUAAACAGAAUGAGGGCACAAUCCCACUGAACUCUGUCCGUUCAUGUCUACAAGGUAAACUGAAGACGGAAAGUGACAUUGAACUAGAGGAAGCAAAUCAGGUUGUUUUCAUGGAGGGACUAUUUGUAAUGGUUUUCUAGACAAGGAAGGAUCAGGAAUUCUCAUGUAUAACAGGGCAAAACACUUCUUGCUCAGAAUAAAAUCUGGAAACAAUGGACUUUGUUUACUAAGAUUCCCUCUCCUUUAGGCAGCUCUGGCAGUAUACCUAGUACAGAAUGCCCCUGGCCGUAGAGGUUGUCCAUGUAUUUUGUUAGGAAAUAAGGGGGGUGACCUCUCAUCUGGUGGAAAUCAGUGUUGCUCAAUUGAUUCAAGUGUAAAUAUGCUACUCUGCAGAAGUAUAGGAUCUGCUGCAGUAUUGCAAUGCCCUUCUGCCACCUCUUCAGGCAUGCAUAGUUGACUUUUGUGAUGUGGUAUGCCACAGACUACACGGGAUUUCUUAAAGAAGCAAAUGGAAUAACUUUUUGAGUAGCCACUAGAGUGCACUGUAGUUUCAGGGAAGGAAAGAUAAUUAUGUUUCUUUCAUUUUCAAGAGUGUAAAAUUGCACUAAAAGUUUUUUUUUGCAGUAUUAUAUUUUGUCCUAUUUCUAAUUAUUUUUUGCCUUCACUGUAUUUUUAUGAAAAUUUAAUUGUCUAUUUUUGUUAAUUGUUUUGUUUAUGCCUUCAUUAUUUUCUGUGACAGUAGGACUGUACUGUAACAGGAUUUUGUGGUACAGAUAUUGUUAAAAACUUGUGUCUUCUAGAUGUGAAUUUAUAUAUGGUCAUAAUUUUUCUGGACUACACUUUUUUAAUUGCAUGUGUUCUUUAUAAGCACAGUAACAGGACUCUACUGUAGCCAUAAUAAUGUAGCCAUAAUAUUCUAUGUGUUAAUUUAUACGUUACUUGUUUGUUUGUUUGUUUCCCUGCAAUGUUUUUAAAUUAACUAGCUCUGAAGGGUAUGGUAACGUGCAAUAGUCCUGAAAAGAUACUUAAUAAAUAUCUUUACA